UUAGAAGAACCUUCCUGUUAAGUGACAUGAUAAGAAUGACCAAAAAGCACUGGCAUUUGUGGCUGAGCCUCGAGCAUGAGGCACUGUUCUCUUAUGGUUAUCAAAUAAGAGGGCUCCUCUGUUUCUGCAUAAAAAAUAUAAUCGUGACAAUACGUGACUCCUUUGAGACUAGGAAAUAGAAAUGCUGAGGUUUUGUUGCUUGCUAUAUUUAGCAGUAUCAGUGUUUUGCAGCAUUGAGAAAUAUAGCAGAAAGGACUUCCCUCCUGGUUUUAUUUUUGGUUCUGGCACUUCUGCUUACCAGGUUGAAGGAGCUGCUAGUGAGGAUGGAAGAAGUCCAAGUGUUUGGGAUACAUUUGCUCAUCAGGGAUUUGCUAAUGGUGCCACUGGAGAUGUAGCAGCUGAUCAGUAUCACAAAUACAAGGAAGAUGUUAAACUGAUGGUCAAAACUGGGUUAGAUGCAUACAGAUUUUCUAUCUCAUGGUCAAGACUCAUCCCAAAUGGAAGAGGAUCUAUCAAUCCAAAGGGCUUGCAGUAUUACAACAAUCUCAUAAAUGAGCUUAUUAGCCAUGGCAUCCAGCCACAUGUCACACUGUACCAUUAUGAUCAUCCACAAGUACUUGAAGAUGAGUAUGGUGGAUGGGUUAGUCGAAAGAUAGUGGAAGAUUUCACAUAUUAUGCAGAUGUGUGUUUUAGAGAAUUUGGUGAUAGAGUUGCAUACUGGACCACUUUGAAUGAGCCUAAUGUCCUUUUAAUAGCUGGUUAUGACACAGGCAGUCUGCCACCCAAGCAUUGCUCUCCCCAGUUUGGAUUCAACUGCACCAAAGGCAACUCCUCAACAGAGCCAUACUUGGUUGCUCAUCAUUCAUUGUUGGCCCAUGCAUCAGCUUUUAGAUUGUAUUGGGAGAAGUAUCAGGACAAGCAACAUGGAUUUAUUGGGAUCAAUGUUUUUAUAUAUUGGCUUAUUCCUCUAACAAACUCAACGAAGGAUGUGAUUGCUACUCAAAGAGCUCAAGAUUUUAUGCUUGGCUUAAUAGUUAAUCCUCUGGUGUUUGGAGACUAUCCUGAUAUAGCAAAGAAAAAUGUAGGACUAAGACUACCAACCUUCACAGGAUAUGAAUCCAAACAGGUUAAGGGUUCAUUUGACUUCCUUGGACUGAAUCACUAUGCCUCAGUUUAUGUCAAAGACAACUCCAACUCUUUGAAAUUGGAAAAUAGAGAUUAUUGGGCGGAUAUGGCAGUGGAACUUAUCUAUGAUCAGCCAUUCAUGAAGCCUUGGGGUCUGCAAGCAGCAUUGGAGUACGUAAAGCAAGUUUAUGGCAAUCCUCCUAUCUACAUUCAUGAAAAUGGUCUGAAGACAGUGCGAAAUUCAUCACUGGAAGACAUUUCAAGGGUGAAAUAUUUGCAUUCAUACAUUGGGAGUCUGCUUGAUGCUGUCAGGAAUGGAUCAAAUGCAAGAGGGUAUUUUACAUGGUCCUUUUUGGAUUUAUUUGAGCUAUUGGAUGGCUACGAUUCAAGCUACGGCUUAUAUUAUGUUGAUCUGGAUGACCCAGAAUUGAAAAGAUACCCAAAGCUAUCAGCAUAUUGGUAUUCUCAUUUUCUGAAGGGAGGAAGUGCAACUUCACCAGAUAAAACUAUUCAACUUGGCAAAAAGUUUUCAUUUUUGUCACAGAAUCUCUUAUUUCAAUAGAUCAAAUAAUGCAGAACAUGUAGUCGUUCUGAAAGUCUCUUUAGCCCUUCUGUUAUUAUGGGUUUCUUGUAAAGCUUACAGCCUUCGACUCGCUUGUUCUUGUAAUUUUGGACUUUGAAAUUUAUUGUAAUCUGAUAAACUCCCAUUUCUUAAAACAAAGAAUGGAAAAUUUUCACUUGUAUGAUUGUCGUUAAUGAUAAUUAAAAGCAGAACAUCAUUUGCACCGCAA